AUGGAGCCGUCGAUCAUAUUCAAGACACUUCAAAAUCUUGGUAUCAGCCAUAUGUUCGUAUAUCGCACUAUCAACAGAUACAACAUUUCGUCUGUCGAAGACCAGAAAAGAUCGGUGCGGCCGCGUGUUGUUAGAACUACAAAGGCUGUUAAUGCUGUUAAACAGGACUCUGCACCUGGUCACAAGGAACGAACUACCCAAGUCUGGCUUGAAACCAGCGUUUUGGACUUUAUAAGAGUUGAAGACUGGCCCUCAUCUAGCCCAGACCUCAACCCUUUGGACUUCAAAUUAUGGUCAGUUUUAGAGGACAUGGCCUGCUCUAAACGACACGGUGACAUUGAGUCUCUUAAAAAAUCUUUGGAGCGAGCAGUGGCGAAAUUUCCCUUGGAAACAGUGCGUAAAUCCAUAGACCAAACAGGUCGCUACAUCGUUAACCUGCCUAUACAAAAAGAAAAAUUACCUGAGCUAGGUAAUUCAUUCAAUACUGCAUAUCGAUACUUGAUGCAACUCGAGGCAAGGUUCCAAAAGGAUACCAUCUUACAUUCACAAUAUAAGGCAUUCAUAAAUGAAUUUGUUGAACUAGGUCAUGCCCACUAUAUAAAUAAAUUCUCACCUACAGAUUUAAACGCAUAUUAUCUUCCACAUUUUCCAAUUGUCAAACCUGAGGCACGAAGUACUAAGUUAAGAACUGUAUUUCAUGCAAGUUCAGAAUCUUCUACAGGUUUAUCACUCAACAGCAUACUUUAUGAGGGUCCAAAUAUAUAUAAUGAUCUCUUAGAUAUAAUACUAAGAUUUAGGCUAAAUCAAUUUGUGUUCUCAUGCGACAUCAUAAAGAUGUUCAGAGGUAUCUCUAUAAACCCUGAACAACAAAGUCUGCAGAGAGUACUCUGGCGAGAAACAAGUACAGAACCUAUCAAAUGUUUAGAAUUAACUACUGUAACAUAUGGCACCAAAUGUGCACCAUACUUAGCCUGUCGCACUAUGCUUCAUCUAGCUGAAAAACAUUCACAUACACACCCUCUAGCUGCACAAUGUAUAAAAUACAAUAGCUACAUGGAUGAUUACUUGUCUGGGGCUCAGUCCGUAGAUGAAUGCAUAGAAUUAUGCUCUCAAUUAAUAAAUUUGCUUAAGAAAGCUGGGUUUUCACUACACAAGUGGACCUCUAACAAUUCACAAGUACUAAAAUCUGUAUUACCUACUGAUACAGCUACACAAAGCUCUGAGAAGCUAGAACAUACAGAAACAUCAGAAGCUGGCUAUAGUUUUACUUCAAAUACAGUGAAAACACUAGGAUUAAAAUGGACACAUACACAAGACACUCUUCAAUUAUCUUUACCUACGCGAAUCCAAGGAAAAAGUACAAAAAGACACAUACUUUCACAAAUAUCACAAAUAUUUGAUCCUAUAGGUAUUUUAGCACCUACUACUAUUCUUGCUAAAAUACUAAUGCAAGACAUAUGUAAAGAGAAUAAAGAUUGGGAUUCUGUAAUUUCCCCAGAAUUAGAAUCUUAUUGGAUCGAAUUUAUAACUCAAUUACACCACUUGCAAGUUAUUCAAAUACCUAGAUGGUAUUUCACAGACCUACCUAUCAACAUAUACUUAAUUGGAUUCUGUGAUGCUUCAAACAAAGCUUAUGGAGCUUGUCUUUACUUAAAAGCUACAUAUAAUCAAAAACCAUCUACAUGUACACUCAUCAUGGCUAAAUCAAAAGUUGCUCCCAUUAAAAGAAAACUGUCAAUUCCUAAAUUAGAGCUUGCUGGAGCAGUUAUGUUGUCAAAAAUUUCAAAAAAAUUUACUGAAGCAAUACAAAAUAAGAUUAAUAUCGAUAAAGUCUAUCUAUUCUCUGAUUCAAAUAUUAUUCUUUGUUGGAUAAAGUCUCCAUACAAGCACACUCAUGAUAGCUACACAUCACACCGCCUUAUGCAAAUAAUUGACAUAACUCAAAGUGAAAGUUGGUAUUACAUAAACACAAAGCAAAAUCCUGCUGAUCUCAUUACUCGGGGAAUCAUGCCAAAACACCUUCCUAGCUGUUCAUUGUGGUGGCAAGGAACGCCAUGGCUAGCUCAGGAUCAAAAUACCUGGCCUAUAUCUACAUCUAUACCUGAGGUUGAUACAUCUAAACAAAGCAAACAAGAAAAGAUAGUUCACACCGCCCACAUAGAUUCAAAUCCUAGUAACUCUUCCUAUUUUUAUGAUUUAUUCUGCAAACAUUCAAAUUUCACAAGGUUAAUAAGAACAAUUGCAUACAUGUUUAGAUUUAUUGACAACACAAGGAACAAACCCAAUAAAACUACAUCACACUUAAGUGUCUCCGAACUUGAAAAGGCGCAUAACUUUGUCAUCAGUACAACACAAUCACAUUCCUUUCAUAAAGAGAUUCUUUACUUACAGUCCGCUCACACCAACAAUGGUAUACAUUCAAAUAACAUCAAGGAUGUGGUAGACAUACAGUCAAAUACAUCAAAAUCACACCACAUAUCUCGUGCAUUAAAGUCAAGUCCUAUUCGAAAAUUAAAUCCCUUCAUAGAUGAAAAUCAGCUGAUUCGGGUAGGGGGUCGUAUACAACAUUCAGAUAUAUCAUACAACAAUGCACAUCCUAUUAUACUCCCAGCUAAAGACCACAUUACAACACUCAUAGUACGGCACUAUCACUUAAAAAUGUUGCAUUCUGGCAUUCAAAGCACAUUACACAACAUCAGACUGAAAUACUGGCCCAUUAAUGUUCAGAUUGAAGGGAUACUGAACUCCAGACCCCUCAGUCCAAUAACAGAUAUUCCUAAUGAUGUUACUUGCUUAACUCCUGCUCAUUUCCUUGUAGGUGCUCCCAUAACGGAUCUACCUGAGCCUAACAUGUCUGUGGUUGUACGUACCUCUGGAAAGGAGCACGUCAGACCGAUACACAAAUUGAUUAAGUUAUUAAAAACGGAUGCAGAAGUUGCUCUGCAAAAGUAA